GACGCCCUUUCCAAUUUCUACCGUGGAGGUGCAGGGCGACAGCAAAACAGAGCCCGAGGCUUGGAACAGGGGAUCCAUGGGAGAAGGGGAGCUGAUGUCGAUGUUCCGGAGGCAGAUGGGAGCGCCGCGGCCGUGGACGCGGGAGGAGGACAAGGUGUUCGAGCGGGCGCUGGUGGUCUACCCGGAUGGCACGCCGGAGCGGUGGUCGGUGAUCGCGGCGGAGCUGUCUGGGAGGAGCGCCGUGGAGGCAUGGGAGCGGUACCAGGCGCUGGUGGAGGACUGCCGCAUGAUCGAGCGUGGGUUGGUCGAGGUGCCCGAUUGCUGGGACGCCGUCGACGGGAGCGACGGCGACGGCGGCAGCGAAGGGCCAUCUGACGGAAGCGCGUGGAAGCAGGCGCCGCCGCCCGGCGGCAGAAGCAGGGGAAGGGGAGAGGAGCGGAAGCGUGGGGUGCCGUGGACGGAGGAGGAGCACCGGUCGUUUUUGGAAGGAUUGGCGAAGUACGGAAAGGGAGACUGGAGGAACAUCUCGCGGUGGGCGGUGAAGACGAGGACGCCGACGCAGGUGGCCAGCCACGCCCAGAAGUUCUUCAUCCGGCAGAGCCAGAACAACAAUGGAAGAAAGAACAGAGAGAGCAGUAAAAGAAAGAGUAUCCAUGAUAUCACCGAUCCAUGAGGAAGAAUUCAUGAACUGAAAAUAUUUAAUUUAGUGUUGUCUAAAUUGGCUCUGUUUCUAUCAAGUGUGAAAAAUGUAAUCUUAUUAGAGCAGAAACCAGACAGGGCAUGAUAGAUAGCAUUAGCGAUGAUUUAAUUAGGUGGCAUUUGGUAAAGCGUAUGAGAAUGGGGAAUCAUAAAUCUUGUGUUUGAUAAUAGGAACGAGAAUUAGAUUUUAGAAUGAAAUUUAAAAUUUUAGAUAGGGAUGAAUUCAAUUUUUUUUUUUUGGGUU